CAAAUAAUACUUUUUCCGCUAGUAUUUAGAAUAAUUGUCAUUUUCAGUGAAUUUUUUUUAUAUAUAUAGAUAACAAUUGCAAAUUUAGGCAUAUUUAAGUUACAAAAACAAAAAAAAAAAUCAAAAUAAAUAAUGAAAAGUUAGGUUCGUGUAUUUUGUGACCAAAUGAAGAAAAAUUGAUGUUGAGCAUCUGUUUUUUCGAUUGCCUUACACACAAAUUUCGUGAACAAAAAAGAAAAAUUAUAGCAAGAAAUAAGCUGGAACUUUUACGUUUUUCAUAAAAACCUUUUUUUUAUUCAUGGUCAUAUUUUCAAAAUCAUUUUAAAAUAUUGCGUAGUUAAAUGUGAAGCUUGCAUAAAACCAACCAAUUUUUUUUAUGGGAAAAGAAACCGUGACUGGAAUUUGGUGAAAUCGUACUAUAAACAAAAAAAACGACGAAAAAGAAUUUAAAAUGGGGAAGACAAAAAUUUGCUGCACAAGAUGCCAGAAAAAAUGCUCCGGCGAGGUUCUUCGAGUGACCGAUAAAUAUUUUCAUAAGCAAUGUUUCCAGUGCACGACGUGUCAUAAGUCACUAGCUUCGGGCGGUUUUUUCUCGAAAGACGGUGCAUUUUAUUGCACAACGGACUAUCAAAAACUAUUCGGUACCAAAUGUGCUGCAUGCAAAUUGUAUGUUGAAGGCGAAGUUGUUUCCACAAUGGAUAACACUUAUCAUCAAAAAUGUUUUACAUGCAGUCGAUGUAAUCAACCGUUUCAAUCAGGGAGCAAAGUAACUAACACGGGCAAAGGGGAACGAUUUUGUGAAGAUUGCGUAGCAAUUCCACCCAAUACAAAAAUCCAUUCAUCAUUUAAUACACAAGUAAAUCAAUCGGCGGUGAUUGACACCAAUAGUCCAACGCUUGCAAAAGCACAACAACAUAAUCAAAAUAAUUCACUUAGAGCAUUAAACGAUGAUGAUACAUACGAUCCGAAUGCAUGUGCUGGUUGUAAAGAACAACUAAAGGAAGGUCAAGCGUUGAUCGCUUUGGAUCGACAAUGGCAUAUCAGCUGUUUCAGCUGUAAAAAUUGCAAUGCACUAUUAAAUGGUGAAUAUAUGGGCAAAGAUGGGACUCCAUACUGUGAAAAAUGCUAUCAAAAACUUUUUGGUGUUAAAUGUGCCUAUUGUAAUCGUUAUAUCAGCGGUAAAGUUUUACAAGCUGGUGACAAUCACCACUUUCAUCCUACAUGCGCAAGAUGUACUAAAUGUGGUGAUCCAUUUGGAGAUGGUGAAGAAAUGUAUUUACAGGGUAGCGCAGUUUGGCACCCGCGUUGUGGACCUUGUCCGUCUAGUGAACUAGGAGCAAUAUUAGAUGGAAGUACAUUACUAGGUGGAAAUCAACUCAAUGGAAAUAUUACAGACACUGAGUGUGAUCGUUUAAGCAAUAGCGUUAUCAGCGAAAUGCAGUUUUCAUUACGUUCAAGAACACCUAGUUUGAAUGGUUCAGUGUACAGUCCAAAUUCUAGCAGAAGAUACCGAACUGUUAGUCCUGGUUUAAUGUUGAGAGAAUAUGGCGGCUAUGGAUAUGAUGAUAUAUCACGUAUUUACACAUACAGCUAUCUUACUGAUGAACCUCAUUACUUAAGAAAACCGGUUGAUCCGUAUGACAAAGCACCGGUAUCACCACAUUUUCAUCGGCCAAGUAAUAUGGGUGGUUCACAAGCCGGUAGUCGUCCACCAUCUCGACCAUCGUCUCGAAAUAAAAGUGCUAUGAAGGUGCUAGUCGAUUCAAUUCGUUCCGAAACACCAAGACCAAAAAGUCCAGCUAUGAACAAUGAAGAGCCAAUCGAAUUGUCACAUUAUCCGGCAGCUAAAAAACCACCACCCGGUGAAAAGGCAAAAAUUGAACGCGAUGAUUUUCCAGCACCACCAUAUCCUUAUACAGAUCCGGAACGUCGUCGUCGCCUAUCAGAUUCAUAUAAAGGUGUUCCAGUAUCAGACGAUGAAGAUGAAGUUGACCACGCAAAUGGUGAUGCGAAUACUCAAGAUGAUCUUCUGAAAAGGGAAGAGGAGGAACUAAAGAAAAUUAAAUCGGGAAUGGGUGCUGUUAUUUUAAAAGAUUUGAAGGAACAUGCGAAAUAUAGAAAAUGGAAACAACAUCACAUCGAUCCUAGAAAUGCAUCACGAACACCUUCAGCCUCCAAAGAGCUUAUGUAUCGUUUGAGAUAUGAAUCGCCAAUAGGUGCAUCACCUUCUCGUCAUUUGGAUCACCAAAAACCAUUCUACGACGACGAAACUACAUUUGAUCGAUCAACUAGCUAUCGAGGCUCAGUUGGACGAUCGCUUGGAACAACCCCUAGUUACAAUGUGGUGAGUUCAUUGCGGCAAAUAAUCAAACCUGGAUAUGGUUUAGCUCCACGUUCACACACUUUCAGUUCUGCUACAACGGAUUCAACACAUAUCGGUGGUCCUGAGUUUUCUUUUGGACUUGGAGACAAAACACAGAGCACAGAAUUUAGCUGUGGAAAAUCUGACGUGUCAGUAGAUUCAAUAACUGAGGGAGAUCGACGUGCUUUGAUGGCCGAUUUGCCAGCAUCAAGUACAUAUUCUGGUGCUUUAUCCUAUCAUUUUCCUCAAACUGGCUUAAUUCGUCGCAGUUUGCCCAAUAUGGCACAUUCUGUUUUGGUUCAUGAGCCAGCCAAAAUCUAUCCUUACCAUUUGCUUUUGAUUUCGAACUAUCGUUUGCCGGCAGACGUUGAUCGUUGUAACUUGGAGCGUCACUUGUCCGAUGUUGAAUUUGAAGCAGUUUUGAUGUGCACUAGAACCGAUUUCUACCGACUACCACAAUGGCGCCGAAACGAAAUAAAACGAAGGGCACGAUUAUUUUAAAUUAUUCCAAUGAUGAUUUAAUUGAAAUGAACUAUAGUUGGGAUUUAUUGACUAUUACAUUUGAAUGCCUAUGUUUAUGCAUACCUAAUUAAGUAUUGAAUUUACUUUUUUACGCCGAUGCAAAUGCAUUAACUAAAACUUACUUGUAGAACAAAGCAUUUUUCCUGAUAGGACAAUUAUAAUGUUAUAAUUUAAAGCAAGUUGGUACAAGUGAAUAGAAUGAUUUUUUUUUUCGCGGUAAGGUUUAUGUUUUCAUUUAAAUUUUUUUAGUGCAUUUCAAAGUAAAAUAUUUGAUUAUAUUAUUUAAACUCAAUUUCAAUUGGCAGCGCUUGCAUUUUAUACACAUACACACAAAACACAAUGCAACAUAUGGAUCUAUAGAAAUUUUGCAUUUCAAUAUUGUUUGGCUUGAGAGUCGAAAGUUCAAAACAUUUAACAGUUUUAUAAGUAUCCAAGUUAUACAAUUCAAUUGUAGUAAUAUUACCUUCGGUAAAACCUUCUGUCAAUGAAAGUAGCAUAUAUAUUUUAUUUACUUUGAUCACAGUGUUCCAAGUCUUGUCUCUGCUUUUGCGACAUAGCCGUUAGUUAGCUUUAGCAACAACAACAAAAAAAAAAUUACUAAAUAUAUUAUAUUUUUAAAAUUACUGACAUGGAAAUCAUAAUAAAAUCAAAACAUUAUUUCAAUUUU